AUGACAAGGGACGAUAUUCCGCCGGAUUUGGAAGAGGAAAUACUUUCUAGGGUUCCCGCAAAAACAUUGAGUCGAUGUCGAUCUACAUGCAAACGGUGGAACAAUCUAUCUAAAGACGAAACAUUCACCAAGACGCAUCUUGAUAGAGCACCAAAGCAGCGUUUAGUUCUCAUGUUGAACGAACAUAAGGUUUCUUCACUGAGGUUCAGUCUCCAAUAUGGAAUCGACAACAACGCCUACACUGCUUCUUCUUCUAUUACUGAACUUGACCUAAACGCAUCCCUAGCUUCUUCAGAAAAAGUCGAUAUCUUGAGAGUGUUUCACUGUGAUGGUUUGUUGUUAUGCACCACAGAAGAAGAUAGACUCGUGGUUUGGAACCCUUGCACUGGUGAAACCAAGUGCAUCGAACCUAGUACUAAUCGUUACUCCAAACCUGGUGUUUCUUACGAAAGACACUCUACGUUUGCUCUCGGAUACGGUAACAACCGUAGCUACAAAAUCUUGAGGUAUCGCAAUACCAUGAGGUUUGGCAAUAAUAGCAAUUUGAGGCGCCGUUAUUGCAAUAAUAGGGAGCUAGCCUCCCAUUGUUAUGAGUUUGAAAUCUAUGAGUUUAGCUCUGGUACAUGGAGGUUUCUUGAAAUCACCGCCAAAUCCAUCAUGCCAUCUCAUGGCGUGUCUUUAAAGGGAAACACUUACUGGAUUACUUGGGGUGGCGAUCUACUAAGUUUUGAUUUUUCAACAGAGAGACUUGAACGUAUGUGUCUUCCGUUUCAGCGGGAUAAUAACUAUUCUUGUACUAUAGCUCUAUCAACUGCUAAAGAUGAGCAACUCUCACUGUUACAUCAGAGAUCUGAUACACUAAAGCUAGAGAUAUGGGUGACGAGCGUUGAUAAGAGUGAUCAUGAGAACACAGUCUUGUCGUGGAGAAAUUUUUUAGCAAUAGAUGUCUCCAAAUUGAGUAGCGCUCAUCGUUUUUCGAGUAGCGUACGUAAGUUUCUUCAUCGACGAGGAGAUGAAAGUGGUUGUGUGUUGUGA